UCCUGUGUUAUGUUUCGGAGCCGAUGCUCCGCUGCUGGCUGUCAGUGUGGGACUUAACCAUGGACGGAGGACACAGCUGAGGAAUCCGCAUCCAUGCUGCCCUCGCUUUAUCAGGAAUUUCUUCUGUGAACCUGGACUUUUCCCCCCUUCUCCUCUCUGGUUUCAGGUUAAAUCUGUAGACUUUUUUUUUUUUUUUUUUUUUAAGGAGUGCGAACUUCACCGAGUUUCGCACAAAUACUGGACUGUGGGAAUACGACAGAGAGGACUGAGUGGGACUGCUGUGAAAUUAGAGGAUGGGGAGCCGGGGCCACUACCGGUACCACUGGCAGAGCCACAAUGUCAAGCACAGCGGCGUGGAUGACAUGGUCCUGCUCAGCAAGAUCAGUGAGGACAGCAUCGUGGACAACCUCAAGAAGAGAUACAUGGAUGACUACAUCUUUACAUACAUCGGCCCUGUGCUCAUUUCUGUCAACCCCUUCAAACAGAUGCCAUAUUUUGGAGAGAAGGAAAUCGAGAUGUAUCAGGGAGCUGCUCAGUAUGAGAACCCUCCUCACAUCUACGCUCUGGCAGACAACAUGUACAGAAAUAUGAUGAUUGACCGUGAGAACCAGUGUGUCAUCAUCAGUGGAGAGAGUGGAGCAGGGAAGACUGUGGCAGCCAAAUAUAUCAUGGGCUACAUCUCCAAAGUGUCAGGAGGCGGACCUAGAGUGCAGCACGUCAAAGACAUCAUCCUGCAGUCCAACCCGCUCCUGGAGGCCUUCGGAAACGCCAAGACUCUGAGGAACAACAACUCCAGCAGAUUUGGGAAAUACUUUGAGAUCCAGUUCAGUUCCGGUGGCGAACCAGAUGGGGGGAAAAUUUCCAACUUCCUUCUGGAGAAGUCACGUGUUGUCAUGAGGAAUCCUGGAGAAAGGAGUUUCCAUAUCUUCUAUCAGCUGAUAGAAGGAGCCAGUGGAGCACAGAAGAAAAGCCUGGGAAUCACAAGCCUGGAUUACUACACUUACCUCAAUCAGUCUGGUUCCUACAAAGUGGAUGACAUCAACGACAAGAGUGACUUCCAGGAGACAAUGCAAGCCAUGGAUGUGAUUGGCAUCUCACCAGAGGAACGGUCCAUGGUGCUUCAGAUUGUGGCUGGAGUCCUACACGUGGGGAAUAUAACCUUCAGAGAAUCAGGCAACUAUGCAGCUGUCGAGAGCGAGGAGUUUUUAGCGUUUCCUGCCUUUCUGCUCGGGAUCGACCAGGACCGUCUGAGGGAGAAACUGACAAGCAGGAAGAUGGACAGCAAGUGGGGGAGUACGAAGGAGUCCAUCGAUGUAACCCUGAACGUGGAGCAGGCCUGUUACACUAGGGACGCGCUCUCCAAAGCCCUGCAUUCGCGCGUGUUUGACUUCCUAGUUGAGUCAAUCAACAGAGCCAUGGUGAAAGAUCAUCAGGAGUUAAAUAUAGGAGUUCUGGACAUUUAUGGGUUUGAAAUUUUCCAGAAAAAUGGAUUUGAACAGUUCUGCAUCAACUUUGUGAAUGAGAAGCUUCAGCAGAUAUUUAUUGAGCUGACUCUAAAGGCAGAGCAGGAGGAGUAUGUGCAGGAGGGGAUCAAAUGGACUCCAAUAGAUUACUUCAACAAUAAGAUUGUCUGUGAUCUCAUCGAGAGCAAAAGUCCGCCCGGUAUCAUGUGCAUCCUGGAUGACGUGUGCGCCACCAUGCACGCCGUGGGCGAGGGAGCUGACCAGACCAUGCUGCAGAAGCUCAGAAUGCAGAUCAACACGCACGAGCAUUUCAAUAGCUGGAACCAGGGCUUCAUUAUCCAUCACUAUGCUGGCAAGGUGUCCUAUGAUGCAGACGGGUUCUGCGAGAGGAACAGAGAUGUCCUUUUUACUGACCUCAUUGAACUGAUGCAGAGCAGUGAGAUUCCCUUCAUCAGAGCACUGUUUCCAGAAAACCUCAAUGCUGAGAAGAAGGGUCGGCCAACUACUGCAGGCAGCAAAAUAAAGAAACAAGCCAAUGACCUGGUUAGCACACUAAUGAAAUGCACUCCACACUACAUUCGCUGCAUCAAACCAAAUGAGACCAAGAAGUCCAGAGACUGGGAAGAAUCACGAGUAAAGCACCAGGUGGAGUACCUGGGUCUGAAGGAAAACAUCAGGGUGAGGCGUGCUGGCUACGCCUACCGUAGAGUCUUCCGGAAGUUCCUCAACAGGUACGCCAUCCUGACCAAAGAGUCAUGGCCAACGUGGCGAGGAGAUGAGAGACAAGGUGUCCUUCAUCUCCUACGCUCUGUCAGCAUGGACCAAGAUCAGUUCCAGCUUGGUAAAACCAAGAUCUUCAUCAAAGCCCCUGAAUCUCUCUUUCUUCUGGAAGAGACAAGGGAGCGCAAGUUUGACGGCUAUGCUCGGACCAUCCAGAAGGCCUGGAGGAAAUAUGCCGCCCGCAAGAAGUAUGUCCAGAUGAGGGAGGAAGCUUCUGACCUUCUUUUGAGCCGGAAAGAAAGGCGGCGACACAGCCUAAAUAGAAACUUUGUAGGAGACUAUCUGGGGAUGGACGACAGACCAGAGCUCCGGCAGUUUCUGGCCAAGAGAGAAAAGAUCGAUUUCGCUGACAAAGUCACAAAAUACGACCGCCGGUUUAAGGGAAUUAAGAGAGACAUGAUUUUGACUCCUAAAAGUGUAUAUCUGAUUGGAAGAGAAAAGGUGAAGCAGGGACCAGAGAAAGGUCGGGUGACCGAGGUGAUGAAGAGGAAGAUUGACUUGGAAAAAAUCUUGGCGGUGUCUCUCAGCACCCUGCAGGAUGACUUCCUGAUCCUGCACGAGCAGGAGUACGACAGCCUGCUCGACUGCGUCUUUAAGACGGAGUUCAUCAGCUUGCUGGCCCAACGGUUCGAGGAGAAAACUCAGAGGAAGCUCUCGCUCAAGUUUAACAACACACUGGAGAUGAAGCUAAAGAAGGAGAACUGGGGCUUUCUGAGUGGGGGCGGCUCCAGGGAGGUGGUGUUUGUGCAGGGUCAGGGAGACAUGGCCGUGCUGAAGCCCUCAAGCAAAUCUCUGCAGGUCAGCAUCGGGCCGGGUCUUCCCAAGAACACACGUCCAACCAAGAAGAGCUUCAGUCAGAGUUGCUCCAACAUGUCCAGAAAUCACCACCACAGGCCCUCAAGGGCAGCACCGGGACCUCCAGCUGGUCACCAGAAUGGGGGCCUAAAAAACACCAACCACAUUGCCAAUCAGAGGAACUCGCAGCAUCAUAGCCAGAGGGAUCCCUCAUCUCCCAACUCCACACGCCCAUUUCUGCCCAGCAACAUCAACCAGCUGAGGGAGCGCGAUGGAAGCAGCCGGCAGCAGCCGGAUCUGGACUGCCUGAGGGUUCCGGACCAAGGCGCUGCAGGCUCUGGAGGCAGACGGCCAACAUCAAACGGAGGAAUGGCCCACAGACCAUCAGCCCACAGGCCUCCACCAGGAGGAGGACGACCAAAGCCCACGCCUAAACCCAAACCCCAGGUGCCCCAGUGCAAAGCCCUGUACGCCUACGACGCUCAGGAUACAGACGAGCUCAGCUUCAACACAGACGAUAUUAUUGACAUCAUUAAAGAGGACGCUUCCGGGUGGUGGACAGGACGACUUCGUGGGAAGCAGGGACUUUUCCCCAACAACUACGUCGCCAAGAUCUAGGAGCUGCUGAUUUUCAGCACGAGGCGAUGCGCCUGCUGCGUCUCUGCUGCCCCCUCUCUCUGAGGACGGCACAGAGCCCCCAGAGGGGAAACACUGAGACUCUUCUUCCACUACUGCCUUACAGUUAACGAAUGUAACUCUCAGUUACGCCACCAGACCAAACAACUGUCCUGUCGGGCUUAAAAUGAGGCUAUUCUCCAAAGACAAAAAGACCCCUGGGCCCCGGGGUCUGUCCCCUCUGAGUACUGAACAAACUAUUUAUUGUAUUUAUGGAUCUCUGUAUUCUCUUUACUUACCUUAUUAUAUCUUGCAGAGGAUUUGUGCUGCAGCGUUUUGAAGCAGUCAGAUGAUAUUGGCUAAAUCUCUGGGACCAGGCUGUGAUUAUUAUUAUUUUCUUUUCUUUUUUUGUCUUGUUUUUAUUCUCACUAUUUUGCUUUUAAGAUAAUGGUUUUAACUGUUGAAGGAAACUUAAGUGAUUUCAGUUUUAGCAGGAAUAUUUAUUGUGAUACAGACAUUUAACUGCAGGAACCAGACAUGUAAAGAAUCAUAAUGAUGAAUAAUGAUAAAAAAAAUUUAAAAUACCAAAGCAGAAUUUUUUUAAUUAUUUUUCUGAGGGCAUUGCAGAGAGGUGGUGUAUUACCUGGAAAAUCUCCCUCACCUUUAUUCUGCUUUUGCUCUUCAGUGUGAAUGGGAACCUAGGUGUGAAGUCUGUGGUGUAUUGGCACUUUAUUGGUACAGGUACUACCUUGGACACAGACUGCAUCUCACGAUCACGCCACGGCCACAAAGCUUUGUCUCUGAAGGACAGAUUAUGAUGAGCAAAAGCAAUAGAGUUACUUAGUUACUGAAAAGAAACAUUUGUUUACAAGAAACUAAGACAAACAGGCAUCCUCAUUCUGUAUAUGUGUUCAUAUGUAGGAGUGUGCCUGUUGGUGGGUAGAAUUUAAAAGGAUUUCUUUGUUGAAGGAUGUGUGUUUUGUUUUUCCUUUUUUUCCCCGUUUUGCUGUUUUAUUUCCAGUUCUGCUACAUUGAUCACAGGCUUCGGUGAAUGGAUUUAUGUUUUGUUGAGCUGUUUUAGGUGCUUCUGGUUAAUGUUUGUGGCCAUGUUUUGCACUGCUACUGCAGUCUUUACUCAAACUCCUUAGUUUUGGGGGGGGUUUUUUGUUUUAAUCACAUGACCACAUUAUCAUGUAGUCAGUAAAACCUGCUGGGACUUCUUUUAUGAAACUGCAUCAAUAUAGUUUGGUCUUAAGGUUGGUGAACAGAUCCUUGUGCAAUACACACUAAUAGAUGAGUAUUUUAAUAAAACGUGUAAUAUUGUAUCAAUAAAUGUUUUGCUGGCUCUUA